GGAUCAUGGUCCGCCAUUGACAAUUUUUACCGAUGUUGGGAGCGUAACAUUUAUGUUUCUUUCGAUCUCACUUGUGAAAUGCCAAGAAUUUUCAAACGAAUGGAUUAAUCAAGUGGUAUCUAGAUUAAACUGUGAAGCAAUGGAACAUGGAGAGUAGUAAGUGAAGAUGAUCAGAUGGCAGCACCUGAUAGUGCCAUAAACCUACAGCUGUUUCACGAACUUAAAACAUAUUAUCCAGAAAUACCAGACUACAUUGUGGCAGAUCUUAUACAACAGCAUUCAAACAACAAGAACAAGUGCCUUGAGGUGUUGGCAGGUAAAAGUCCCAAGCACAUGUUUGGAGACUACACAUCAGAAACUUCAGGUUUUCCUGUGGUACAGCAGUUGGGGGAUCUCCGUCUGAUGGAUCCUCAAAGUGUACGCCAAAGAAGUGACUCUGGCUCCAGUUUAAAGAGUAAUGCCAGCACCGGCAGCCUGCCAUGCAUUGGCUCAGGCCUUGUGGCUUCACUGGCCAAUGCCUGGCCCCCAGUUACUGUCAACAGCCAGGCACCUGCUGCCUCACCCAACACAGACUCCAGUGCCAGUGGCAGAUCACCAGACUUCGGUCCGUUUCUUCAGCACUCCAGGUCCACAGGUCAGAUCCCUAACAUUGAGUGCAACACAAAUGUAGCCAGUCCAAAUCGACAUUCAGGCUCAGAAAUCCCUAGUGGUUCUCCAGAGUUUUGUUCUCCACACAAGUCAUCGUACAUAGUGAAGCCAGCUCCUAGCCAUGCCAGUGGGGAUACCCCACCACAAACUGCACCAAAAAGGACAGUUUUCAGCCAAAUGAAUUCAAACAUGUAUCCUGUCGGACAGUUCUCACCAGAAACUCAUGUGCAGAACUCUGGUGCAGGUCACCAUGAACGUGUGCCAACACCUCAGCAUUUGUCACAAGCAACAAUAUACAUUAAAAACAGAAAACCUGAGGACAGGAAUGCAAACAUGACAACGAUGCCACAGGUAGCUAUUCAGCCUCAGCUACAGAUUCAGCAGCCCCCAGCCAGUCAUGUGGGAUCACGGAUACCCGUGCAUCAUUUUAUUUCCAAACAGGACCAGCAGUCGUCGCAAAUAGAUGUGUCGUCCAGCCAGUUCAAUAAUGUACUCGGCCGGUACCAGCUUGGACAGGCAAGCUCACCAGUCAACUCUACCGGUGUAACAGGACCAUUCCUAGUGGAGUGUAACUAUGAUGCGCGGCCCCAGAUACAGGUGUCUGUCUCCUCUGUGACCCCGCCUAUAAGUGGGGUCUUCUCUACACCGACUAAUCCUCCAAGUUCAGUGUACCAGCCCACUUUCAAUCCUCCAGACAUACCUGGUAGACGUGAUGUCAUGCCUAGUACUAAUGUGUCUACAAUAAGUUACCCAGCCCACACAUUUUUGCCAAACUAUCAGACUAUGAUUACCACAUUACCAAAGGCAAGCAAAGCUGGUUCUCCUACACGAGAGGACUAUACAUCUAGCCGCUAUAACAAUAUGGUGCCUUUUUAUCCGGCUGGGUUACAGAGGCAGGCUUCCCCUACCCCCAGUCAGAGCAGUGCCAGCUCUGAGGCCUCCCAAAGGGAAGGGUCUACCCAGCUAGCAGCCAGUCAACAAGAUGAACGAGACUAUAUCAAAGCAUUGUUAAGUCACCAGCAUGUUAGAAAGGAAACAUUGGAGAGUGAUUUGGAUAGAGAGACCAAAAAACUGGAGCAAUUACGAGGACAGGUCACACAGAUGGAGGAAAAUAUGGCUGAGAGCAGUCAGGCAUUUCCAACUGUUGAAGAUCUUACUAAGCUAAGGGACAGCAAUCGCAAGCUUUUGACAGAAAUACAGUGCAUGACCCGUGAAAUAGACAUGUAUAACCAGGGAAGAACACCUUUGGGCAUAUGGAAUGCUCAAGAUGAACAGUUUUUCCAGCAUCUGGACCAGGGUCGACCGUCGGCGUUACCUAACGUAGGGGUGCCGCUGCCUCACCGGGUGCCUCUUCAUACUCACGCGCAGAGCCAUACCCCUCAGCGCCCCACCCAGACACUCACUCCCCCAAGAACAAGCAGACCGUUGCCAUCAGUGCCUGCCCCUGUACCUAAUAUCACGUCCCAGGUUCCACCGGCUCCAGGGCCCCAGGCCAACUCUUCGAGUGGGGAUUCCGAGGAGGGGGAACAGUGGAGCUGUACAGCCUGCACCUUCCUCAACCACCCAGCGCUGAAUAAGUGUGAAUGUUGUGAAAUACCCAGAGUUCACUUAGGGUCGCAAUAGGUGAGCCUGAUGAUUUAACUGCCGUUCAUCCUUCAGCCUCAGCUGCAGAGUUCCCUCCCCUCAUCAUCAUACUACAUGGUAGUCUUCAGUUUGAGGAGGGCUAACAGCAUGCUGCGACCACUCCACACAGCUUACACAUAGUUUUGGAUUCAGUACUCUUGCAUUACCCAGCUAGUCACUUCGAGCUGAAGUGAAUCUGGGUGAUUUUGAACCAUUUCUGUUCUGAACUGGCCUGGGCGAUGUUGUGUUGGAUUAUCGGAUGCAUUGGUGUCACAGUGGGGGAAGAGGUAGAAAAACCAGAAAUAUUGUUUAACACUUAUUUAAAUCCUUCCAAGGUGCCUUGAACUUGUGAAACUCACUGGACAUGCAAAAAAUUUUGUUAAUUGAGAAACUGAAUGUUGUGUGUUAAUGUCUGUUUUGAGGCAUAGAUUUAAAUCCUAAAAUUUAAUAAUCUAAGCUUUUUCUAAGGGCUUGUUGAUGAGAGCUCAGCUGUUUCUAAAGGCUUGUUGAAGAGUGCUAUCACAUCGUUUUCGAUGCUUAAUGCAUAAUCUAACCUCAGUUAUCUAUUGUUCCCUGUUUACGGUUAUUAUCGCUGCAACCAGAACUUCUCCUAUCUCUUGCAUAAUAUCUAGUUUGUUUUUCUCGCAAUUGGUGGCAUUUCCACAGGUAACUGACGAAAUAUUCCUCAGUAGUCGUAACGUCACAUGUUGUGUAAUCUAGACUGGGUAAUCAUGGUGAAGAACUUUUCAUAAUCCCUGCUGAGAAUUACGCAUUACAAUGAGGAAUCCUUUGGGCUGAAUCCUACUUAUAAACUGUAGGCAGCACAGAUAAGUGCUGGCACCUGAUCUUGUACAUUGUAUGAUAUGUAUAUUGAAAGUUUAUUUGUUGUAACUUGUACAUAUAUGUAAGAGGUUAUGUAAAUAUAAGAUUUUAUAAAUCAAGUAUUGACUGUCUUCAUCAUAUGUGAAGAACCAGACCCCAAACCAGCAGACUUUCAGACAGAUUACAUGCUAAAGAACUGUUACCGAUAUGCUCAGUCCUUCAUUACUGUUGACAAAGAAUUGUGACUUUCUGUUCGAUAAUUGAAAGCUGCGAUCACCGUGCAUUUUGCAGUAUUCACUGCUCAACAUUUGGUUCAGUCUAUCAACAAUUGGAUGUACUGUUGUUAGCCUCGGCCAAGACAACCGACAUAAUAUAUGAUUGAAAUAAAUUUGAGCUUAUG